UAUUUUGACAGUUUGCCCAUUCAAAUCAACAUAACCGCAACGCAAUAUACAUCGACAGCAAAACACAGCAAUGGAUGAAGACAUGGAUUUCGAAACCGUUCCAAAGGAAAAUUUUGGUAAUGAUCCGACCAAAGCGAAAAAGAAAUUUGUACAUCCAAAGAAAACAGCAGAUGAACGGAAAUCAGAGAAGGAGAAACGUAAACUUCGAAAGGCUCGUGUUAUUUUACGAAAUUUACCAUUCAAAAUAAGCGAAAGCGAUUUGUCCAAGGAAUUUUCGAAAUAUGGCCCGAUUAAAGAGUGUAACAUUUUAAAACGUGAAGAUGGCAAAUUGGUGGGCUGUGCAUUCAUUCAAUAUGAUAAAGUAAAUCAUGCGGCAAAAGCAAUCCAUCAUGCCAAUGGCAAAGAUUUAUUCGGUAGACCGGUUAUCAUUGAUUUUGCGGUCAAUCGAAAGAAAUUUGUUCAACACAUACGCCAACAAAAAGAGCUGAACAACCAAGUGAAGGUUAAAAAUGAAGAUGACACCGAGUCAAUGGAGAUUAAGCAAGAGAGUGAAGAUGAAAACAGUGCGAAUGAAUCGGAAGACAAUAAUGAUGAUGAGCACAGUGAGGAGGAGGCUAGCGAAGGCGGUGAACCAGAUGAUGACAACGAAAACGACGAUGAUGAAGAAGAAGAGGACGUCAAAGAUGAGAAGAAACCCAUUCAUCAAAAAUCAAAUGAUGUCGCUGAAGGAUGCACGGUAUUCAUCAAAAACAUCCCAUUCGAGUGUACAAAUGAUGAUUUGUAUAAAGUGUGUCGUCAAUUCGGGCCUUUAUAUUAUGCUGUCAUUACGGUCGAUAAAGUGUCUGGCCACAGCAAAGGAAAUGGAUUCGUGAAAUAUCGGACAAAGGAAUCGGCCGAUAUGUGUUUGAAUGCUGGCACCACAUUUAAAUUGCUUCAUCAAAUUUUGGAUCCACAACCGGCAUUAUCACGCAAUGAAAUUCAACAGAAGAAAACUGGUGAACAAAAGCAACCAAGAGAUUCACGAAAUUUGUAUUUAUCAAAGGAGGGAACUAUUUUGGCUGGUACACCAGCAGCUGAAGGUGUUUCUGCAUCGGAUUUAGCGAAACGAUUACGAUUAGAACAAAGUAAGAAUCAAUCGUUGAGAAAUUUAAAUCGUUUUGUUUCAAAAGAACGUGUAACCAUUCAUAAUAUACCGCCGAGCUACGAUGAUGCAAAACUCCGAAAAGCUGUCGUCAAAGCAUGCGGUUUAAAGCCAAAAGAGUGUAGGGUGAUGCGGGAAAAUAAACCAUCACUCGGCCAUCCAAAUGGAAAAUCAAAAGGGUACGGAUUUUUAUCAUUCAAAAGUCAUGAUGAAGCACUGAAUUGUCUCCGUAAAGUCAACAAUAAUCCAAAAGUUUUUGGAAAGAAUAAUAGACCAAUUUUGUCAUUUAGCAUAGAAGAUCGUGCUGUACACAAUAUUAAAAUGAAGCGAAUGUUGAAGUCACAGCAAAAAAAUCCAUUGUGCAAAAAGAAGAAUGUCAAUAGCAAAAAUAACAAUAACAACGAAACUGAUGUCAAACCAAAUGCAAAGGCAUUAAAAAAACUGAAGAAAAAAUCAUCGAAAAAUGAGACCAACGAAAAUGGUGACAUCAAAGUGGCUGAAUUCGCUGGAACAACAGCUGAAGAAGGAAGUAAAUAUAAGACACGACCACAAUGGAAACUCCGAGAGGAUAAUGUGUCUCAUAGCCGAAUGGUUAAGGCGCAAAAGAAAAUGCUGAGAAAACAAAAGAUACAGCGUGACAUUCGAAAUGAAAAACGACAAAUUGAUCGUACAAAAAUGAAAAAACGCAAUCCAAAAGAUGUCGAUAGUUCACUAGUAAAUAAAUAUUUAAAAAUUUUACAUUCGAAAGACGAAUCACCAAACAAACCGAAAAGAUCCAAAUGGUAUAUUGAUUAA